AUGUCGGAAAAGAAUGAGAACCCAUCUUGCUUUCUCUACGGUCCCCAAGAGGCCAAGUAUGGAGACAGGCCGGUACCUGAGAUAUGCGACCCGCACGACGUCAUCAUCCGCAUCCAAUAUGUUGGCGUCUGCGGAAGCGAUGUACACUGGUAUCUCCAUGGCAGCAUGGGCGCCAAUUCCAUCGUCCCCGGCAAGCCCCUCGUCCUCGGCCACGAAGCCUCCGGCACCGUCCACAGCAUCGGCUCAUCCGUCCGCUCACUCACCCCUGGCGACCGCGUCGCGAUGGAACCCGGCUUCCCGUGCCGGCACUGCGCCCGCUGCAAAGAAGGCCGGUACAAUCUGUGUGCGUCGAUGACGUUCGCGGCCAGUCCGCCCGACGCCCACGGCACUUUGUGCAAGUUUUUCAAGCUGCCGGAGGACUACUGCUACAAGUUGCCUGCGGGGGUGAGCCUGGAAGAAGGGGUGCUGGUGGAGCCGGCGAGCGUGGCGGUGCAUAUGGCGCGGUUGGUGGAUGUGCGGGUGGGGCAGACGGUGGUGGUUUUCGGGUCCGGGACCGUGGGGUUGUUGUGCGGAGGUGUUGCGAGAGCAUUUGGGGCGAGUAAGGUGGUCAUGGUUGAUAUUUUGGAGCGGAAGUUGGAGGUCGCGAAGAGUUUUGUCGGGGGUUGUGGGACGUUUGUUCCUGACUCCGGGGCUUCGGCGGAAAAGAAUGCGACGAGGCUGAUUGCGGAGCAUGGGCUUGAUGAUGGAGCGGAUGUGGUGAUGGAGGCAAGUGGGGCCGCGCCGUCGGUGCAGACGGGGAUCCAUGUGCUGCGGGUCGGUGGGUCUUACGUGCAGGGCGGAUUGGGGAGGAACGUGAUCGACUUUCCGAUCGUGGCGAUGUCGGAGAAAGAGUUGACGUUGAAGGGAUGUUUCCGGUAUUCGAGCGGCGAUUUCAAGUUGGCGUUGAGCUUGAUAAGUGAGGGAAAGCUGCGUGUAAGAGAACUGAUUACGAAGACGGUUGAGUUUGGGCAGGCGGUGGAAGCGUGGGAGACGACACGGAAAGGUGAGGGGAUUAAGACGUUGAUUAGGGGUGUGCAGGACUAG